AUGGCUUCAAAAUCCUCCAUCGGCAGCGAAGAACAGCCUCUGACAAUUUCCCAAUGGCGUGAACAACAAGAGAAAGCUUCUGAGCCAACACAUCUCUUGUCCCUGCUCGAGCGAGCACAACCAAACACAUUCAAUGCAUGGAUCUCAUUAGCCACCCCCGAACAAAUAAUUACACAAUGGGAGGAUAUUAUAGCACUUCGAUCCCAGGGGCAAGAUCUUCCACUAUUUGGCGUGCCCUUUGCUGCCAAAGAUAACAUCGACGCGGCAGGGUUCUGCACAACGGCAGCAUGCCCGUCCUUCGGCACCGAGCCUGUCACCACCGACUCAACAGUUGUACAGCGGUUGAAAUCACAAGGCGCGAUUCUCAUUGGCAAAACAAACCUUGAUCAGUUUGCCACAGGGCUGGUCGGCACGCGUUCACCGUAUGGGGCCGUUGCCAACUCCUUCGACCCGAGCCGGGUCAGCGGCGGUAGCAGUUCAGGUAGUAGCGUGGUCGUUGCUCAGGGACUGGUCCCUUUCUCUCUUGGCACAGACACGGCAGGGUCAGGCCGCGUACCGGCUGGAUUCAAUAACAUUGUUGGACUCAAACCCACGCGUGGGGCUUUGAGUGCACACGGUGUGGUACCAGCAUGCCGCUCACUCGACUGUGUAUCUAUCUUCGCCCUGACUCUAGAUGACGCUGAAUUGGUUCUGCAACUUUCUGAGGGGUAUGAUAUUCAAGAUGCAUACUCGAGAGAUCGUGCCCGCUGUGCGACUAACAGAUAUCCUCGGGGAGCCUUGGCAUCCCAGCCAACAUUGGCCAUAUGUUCCAACCCUGAGUGGUUUGGGCGGACUGAGCAGGCUGCUGCAUACCAAGUGGCAUUGACAAAAGCCCAAGCGCUAGGGUGGAAGCUAGAGUCUGUCGAUUUCACACCUCUAUUCUCUCUUGCCAAUAUGCUUUAUGAGGGCCCUUGGGUUGCUGAGCGAUAUGCUGCUAUCGACAAGUUCAUCCGCUCUGUGCCAGCUGAGUCCAUGGACCCAAUCGUCAGGAGCAUCCUCAUGAAAGCCGAGAAAUUCUCUGCUACAGACCUCUUCACAUGCGAGUACAGUCGCAAAUAUCUUUCGCGUGAGAUCGAGCAGGUAUUCGGACAAUAUGACGCGCUAUUUGUGCCGACGGCUCCCACGUUUCCUUCAAUGCAAGAUCUUAAGGAUGAGCCGGUCAAGGCAAACAGUCAACUAGGCACAUACACCAAUUUCGUGAACUUCAUGGAUUGGUCUGCGUUGGCAAUUCCUGCUGGUUGGAGAGAGGAUGGCCUUCCUUUCGGUAUGACACUGAUAGGUGAAGCGUGGGAAGAGCCGCGACUGUUGAAGCUCGCUCGCCACUGGAUGUCUGAUGCGCCACACUUGUUGGGAGCAACGGGUGCAGAAUACCAAGAGGCUCUCUCUGGGCCUACUCCCACAUCCAAUUCGAUGCAAUUAGCCGUAGUCGGUGCCCACCUCUCUGGCUUUCCUCUGAACAGAGACUUGGUCUCGCGAGGCGCAACAUUGAUCACUGCUACAACCACAGCCCCGUGUUAUCGGCUAUUCGCAUUACAGAAGCCGGUCCCAGGCUCAGUAGCAAAACCCGGUCUGAAAAGGGUUACUGAUGGAGGAGAUUCUAUUGAAGUGGAGGUCUGGAAUAUCCCGAUUGACAAGAUGGGCAGCUUUCUCGGUACCAUUGCGGCACCUUUAGGCAUUGGGUCAAUUGAAUUGAAAAACGGGCGAUGGGUUCACGGAUUCAUUUGUGAAUCCAUUGGUCUCGAGAAUGCAGAGGACGUCACCAGCUUUGGUGGAUGGCGAGGGUACACCCAGUCACUCACCACUUCGACAAACCAAUCAUCACGGGCUGCAUCUGUUACACCUGCAACCAGUGUCGGUGAGAAGCGGAUCAGGAGUGUCCUGGUGGCAAACCGUGGUGAAAUUGCACUGCGCAUCAUCCGUACUCUUCGUGCGAUGGGUAUUCAAUCCAUUGCUAUAUACUCGAGUGCCGAUGCACGCGCGCCACACAUCACCGAAGCCGAUAUUGCACUUUUCUUAGUCGGGAACACGGUAUCCGACACCUAUUUGAACGGCAAGCAGAUAUUAGACUUGGCUAUCAAAGCCAAUGCCGAUGCUGUCAUCCCUGGAUAUGGUUUUCUUUCUGAGAACGCCGACUUUGCGGCCACCGUUGAGACGGCAGGACUGGUGUGGGUAGGGCCAACUCCACAGCAAAUGAGUGACUUGGGCUUGAAACACCGUGCUCGUGAUAUUGCUCUUUUCGCCGGGAUUCCUGUUGUUCCGGGAAGCAAGGGUCUGGUCACCAGUCUUGAAGAUGCAUUGGAAGAGGCAGAAAAAAUUGGUUACCCAGUGAUGGUUAAGAGUACCGCUGGUGGUGGUGGAAUCGGCCUUCAAAGAUGCGCAAACAUCGAUGCACUCCGCGAGGCAUAUGAUGGUGUACGUCGAUUGGGACAGGCAAACUUUGGAGAUGAUGGGGUUUUCAUUGAGCACUUCAUUGAUCGGGCGCGACACAUCGAGGUUCAGAUAUUGGGUGAUGGAGCUGGUAGAGUCAUCUGUGCUGGUGAGCGUGAUUGUUCUUUGCAGCGUCGAAACCAAAAAGUCGUCGAGGAAUCCCCUCCUGGGUUUGUCCCAGCCAAAGUCCGCGCGGAAAUGCGCCGUGCUGCCGCCGCCUUGGUUACUUCUUUGCAGUACCGCAAUGUUGGUACUGUUGAAUUUAUCUUUGACAUUGAUACCGACAAAUUCUACUUUCUGGAGAUGAACACACGUCUCCAAGUCGAACAUCCAGUAACCGAGGCUGUAACAGGCCUUGAUCUUGUCGAGUGUAUGAUGCGCAUUGCCAUGGACAAUUGCACAACUCUUUUCCCACGGCAGAUGAAUGAGAUUUCAGUCCGCGGUGCAGCGAUUGAAGUUCGUGUCUAUGCCGAAAGCCCCCUUCAAGAAUUUCGACCCUCCCCUGGAAAGCUCUUGAAUGUUGAGUUUCCAUCCGGUGUCAGAGUUGACACUUGGGUCAGUUCAGGUCAAGAGUUGUCCUCCUCUUUUGAUCCCAUGGUUGCAAAGAUCAUUGCACACGGCGAAGACCGUUCAGCAGCUCUUCAAAAUCUCUCAGAAGCCCUAGAAAGGACAGUCAUCACAGGCGUGGAAACAAACCUGAAAUAUCUGCAGCAAAUUGUUUCUUGGGAGGCAUUCCAUUCCGGAUCCUUCACGACAGGAUCGCUCAACAGUUUCCCAUACAAAUCUCAGGCCAUCGAGGUUAUUGAUGGGGGUUCCGACACGGCUGUACAGGACUUUCCUGGCCGUCAAGGUCUAUGGCAUAUCGGUGUGCCACCAUCUGGCCCCAUGGAUUCCUACUCAUUCCGUCUAGCAAACAAAAUAGUUGGCAAUGAUGACCAUGCGGCGGGACUUGAGUGCACAAUCCAGGGCCCGACACUGCUCUUCCACUCCCCCACUAUCGUGUCUGUCGUGGGUGCCAAUGCCCCUAUCGCUGUGGAUGGAGAGGUAAAAGAACUUGGAAUGGCUAUCAGUAUUAGAGCAGGACAGAAACUUUCCAUUGGAACGGCCACCAACGGCGCCAGAGUUUACCUCGCUGUUCAAGGCGGUAUUCAGGUGCCUGAAGUCCUAGGCAGCCGCUCAACAUUUGCGAUCGGUCAUCUCGGAGGACACAAUGGACGUAGCCUCCGCAGUGGUGAUCUUCUUCCAUUAGGAUCUAUUACGGAGAAACCAAGUCCAUCGCUCAAGGCACCAAUUAUUUCACUCCCGGCAGCUGAGAACCGAGAAUGGAUCAUUGGUGCGAUACCUGGGCCACACGGCAGUCCAACUCAUUUCACACAAGAUGGUCUUCGAGAGCUGUUCAACGGCCAAUGGACUGUCCACUACAACAGCAACCGGCUCGGCGUCCGUCUAACCGGGCCCCGUCCUGAAUGGGCACGGAGCGCUGGUGGUGAUGCUGGCUUGCACCCCUCCAACAUCCACGAUAGCCCGUAUUCGGUCGGAAAUGUGAGUUUCACGGGUGAUGAGGCAGUUGUUCUGACAGCAGACGGGCCAAGCCUGGGAGGAUUUGUCGCAUUUGCCACGAUCGCGGAGGCAGAGAUGUGGAAAUUCGGUCAGAUGCGACCCGGUGAUCACCUUCGGUUGCACCCGAUUUCUCUUGAUGAUGCGCAGGCGCUUGCGAGGGAUCUUGAUCAUUCGAUCACUAAUCUCAGCCCGCUGACCCAACCUCACCUUGAGCAAACAAAUUCUGUCGCCGUGACUAGUACGAUCGUGAUGGAUAUCUCGGAAGCUGGCCGCUUCAUUCGAUGCAGCCAGGCAGGUGAUCGAGCCUUGCUGCUCGACUUCGGCAAUGAAGAUAAUUUCUCGCUGCGGCAAACAUUCCACAUGAUGAGCUUCAUUGAGAAACACAGAAUUUCUCCAAUUCCAGGAGUUGAGGAGCUCACGUCCGGAGUUCGAAGCCUGCAUGUUCGCUUGGAAGCGAAUUUCUCAUUGCCUCAAGUCCUUGAUGCGCUGAUCGCACACGAGAUUUCGCUUGGGGCAGAUCUUCCAUCUCGACUACCCUCACGAGUAGUGAGGUUGCCUCUUGUUUUCGAUGAUGAGAGGAGCCAAAAAGCCAUUGCCCGAUAUACUGCGACUAUUCGCUCUUCGGCGCCGUAUCUACCCAGCAAUAUUGAGUUCCUGCAGACACUGAACGGACUUGACAGCCCUGCCCGAGUGGAAAACAAUCUACAUGAAGGCACUUUCCUCGUAUUGGGCCUUGGAGAUGUGUACCAAGGGUCUCCGUGUGCUGUUCCACUGGAUCCCCGCCACCGACUCUUCGGAACGAAGUACAACCCGUCCCGUUCCUUUACCCCUCGUGGGGCUGUCGGUAUUGCCGGUCAAUACCUAUGUAUUUAUGCGACCGACUCACCCGGUGGAUAUCAGCUAGUGGGUCGUACGGUCCCCAUCUGGGAUGAGUUCCAUAUGCCUCGGCUUGGCGAGAAAACACCGUGGACAUUCUCACUUCUGGAUCAGAUUCGGUUCUACCCCGUCAACGAGAAAGAGCUUUCCGCAGCAGAAGCCAAUGGAACCUCCUGUGAUCUCAUCGAGAUUUCUGACACUGAGCUGGACCUCGAUGAAUAUGAGAAGUGGUUGGUAGAAAACAAGGAGGAUAUCACUGCUGUUCGGGAGCAACGAUCGAAGGCCGUUCAUGAAGCAGAGCUUUUUGAUGACCUACUCAAGCCAUACGAUCCGAUCACAAUGCGACCAGGCCGAGGACAUGAAAAGGAUGAAUUCCUGACUGGAGAGCGGGUGAAGGCACUUUUGCCUGGAAGAUGUUUCCGUUGCGUUGUCAAUGAGGGAGACAGGGUUCAAGCAGGAGACGCUCUGGUAAGUACAACAAACGUCGAGAUUACCGAGGACAAAGCCGACUGA